AUGGGGCACUCCAACUUUGAACCCUACUGGGAGAAAUGGUGGGGGCUCCUGCUCCUCACAAAUGGACCGGAGAUGUCCCCCGGCUCUGGUCACGGUGCCUGGCAGAGGCUCCACAAAGUCAACCAAGACCUCCAAAGUGAGCUGGAAGCCCAAUGCCAGCGUCAAGAGCUGAUCAAUCAGCAGAUUCAGUCGCUGAAGCGCAGCUACGCCGAGGCCAAGGACGUGAUCCGGCACCACGAAGCCGAGAUUCAGAGCCUGCAGGCGAGGCUCAGUAACGCGGCGGCUGAGCUCUCCAUCAAGGAGCAGACCCUGGCCAAGCUCAAGAGCGACCUGAGGAGCGAAAAAGAGAAAGCCAAAGAGCAGCUGGAGGAGUGGCAGCACGGCGAGGCCAUGCUCAGCUCCCAGCUGAAGGCCAGCGAGCAGAAGCUGAAGAGCGCGGAGGCUCUGCUCCUGGAGAAGACCCAGGAGCUGCGGGACCUGGAGAUGCAGCAGGCUUUGCAGAGGGACCAUCAGAAGGAGGUGCAGCGGCUCCAAGACAGGAUCGCGGACCUGAGCAGGCAGCUGAAUGCUAGCGAGCAAGCGCGGAUCCUCAUGGAGGAGAAGCUGCAGAAGAAUUACGAGGCUUUGCUGGAGAGCUGCGAGAGGGAAAAGCAGGUUUUAAUACGGAGUCUGAAAGAGGUGGAGGAUAAGGCCAACGAGUAUGAGAACCAGCUGCAAAAUAACGAGCAGCAAAUGGAGAUUCUGCAGAAGGAGAAGCUGAGUGCAAAGUUCGAAGGCAGUGAGCUUGUCCACCAGCUGGAGGAGCAGCUGGUGAUGAAGGAGGCCAGCAUCCAGAAACUUGCAGAGCACAUCAAGGAGCUCGAAAGAGAGAGAGAUCAGAUCAAAUAUCGGUUCCACGAGCUCAUGAAUCAGGUUGCCGAGUCGGAUAACGAAGUUGCAAAGCUGCAAGCGAAGUUGAAAAUGGAAGAAACCAACUACCACAAUCUGGAGCAAUCAUUCGAGGAGGUGUCGGAUCAGUUCCAGGGUGUGCAGAAGGUGCUGAAAGAAAAAGAAGAAGAGCUGAGACACGUUAAGGAAAUGCACUUGAGAAUUGUGGAGAAGAAAGAUGAAGAUCUCAGUGAGGCUUUGGUUAAAAUGGUUGCUUUAGAUAGCAGUCUAGAGGAGACUAAAGUAAAGCUGAAGGCCAAGGAGGAGGCUUUAAAGAAAUUAGCUAGUGUAGGCACAGGUCCAUGUGCUGAGGAGGUGGAAGACCUUGGCCCCAAUCUCGAGGCUGACGAAAGUCAUCCAUCCCAAUUGGGGCAGCCUCUGCAAACUCAGGAUGUCCUCCCAGCUCUGACUUACGCACUGAAGGAGGAGGAGGAGGAUGAGGUUCUUGAGACCAGCCAGAGGCAAGCAGAGGAAUUUGGCUCCCCGUCCAAAGCUGUAGAGUUCCAGGAUCAGGAGUUAGUUCAGAAAGCCUUAGCAAAGCCUGAUGUAGGAAUCGUAGGGGCCAAGAGGCAAAGAAUCCGUUUCUCAAGCAUCCAGUGCCAAAAAUACAUCCAUCCAGAUGGUUCGGAGAAAAACUGGACAAGCAGUACCUCUUCAGACACGAGCCAAGACAGAUCGCUGUCUGAAGAAAGCAUGUCAUCAGAGCCAGCUCUUGGUUACCCAUCAUCAGGGACAAAUGACUCUGAGACCUAUCUCUCCAUCAUUCAUUCCCUGGAAACCAAACUUUAUAUUACAGAGGAAAAACUCAAAGAUGUAACAAUGAAGCUUGAAAGCCAGCAUGGCCACAAUCAGGAGACGCUCAUCGCCCUCCAUCAUCAGUGGGCCAGCACAGAGUCUCAGCUGCGGGAACAACUUCAGACCAGCUUGUCCCAAGUCGGUGCUUUGAUCUCACAGCUGGAGAGUGAGAGGCAGGAAAAGUUCAAGCUCAUAGAAAAUCAUGUUAGCGAGCUGGGAGGUUUCCAAAUGAAAAAUGAUCAAGCGCUGACUUGCUUAGAGAAGUGCAGGGAGCAACUAAGAUCUUUGCCCAAAUCAGACAAGGAAAAGGAGGGUGAUUUGUUCCUUGUUACUCUGUCCAGCAUGGAAACGACCUUAUCAAAUGCAAUUCAAGCCUUGAGAGGGGCGCCAGUCCCAUCGGAGUAUCAGCAAAGUGAAAGCCUUAUCGUGGAAAGCCCCGCUCCAGAAGGAGGUUUUUUGGGAGAAGAGGAGCACGUCUCCAAGGAGCAGCGAGAGGAAAUGUUUGACGCCGGCCAGUUGAAAUGGCUUUCUGAGAGAGUGGCUUUUGAGGCCUCUCUCAUCAACCAAAUAGCGGAGUCUUUGAAAAACGCAAGCUCUGAGAUAUCUCAGCUUCUGAGAGAGAUCCAGGGAACGGCUGAGGUGGUUUUGUUGGAGCCGGCAAAUGUUUCUCAUACGGCCGUCGACUUGGCCAGCGUCCUAUCUAAGAAGCUGCUGCUGGAAGGGGAGUUCUGGAGCCAGGUGGAGGAGCUGAGAGUGCACUUGAGCACCAGAGAAGGAGAAGCCGAGGGCAAAACAGAAACAACGGUCCAAGAUGCAAUUGUUCAGGCUCAGGUUUGUUAUGCCGCUUGCAAAGUCCGACUGGAGUAUGAGAGAGAGCUGAAGUCCUACAAGGAGUCCUUGCAGAGCAUGGACGCGCUCUGCCAAGAGCGCGUGAAGACGGUCUCUCUCCUUCGGGACGAGUACGAAGACUUGCUUAGAAAGCAGCAGGGUGAGUACGGUGAGGUGAUCGCCAUGCUUGAACGGGAGAACGCCGAUCUCAAAGCAAAGGUGUCCCAGCUUGACAGUCAGCGAAGGCUCUUGGAGGAAGAAGAGCAUAAACACAGCAAGAGCUUGAGUGAAUUGCAGGGACGGUAUGAGGAGGAGAUUCGAAACGUGAUAGAGCAACUAAACAGGACAGAGGAUGCUCUGAAGGCCGAGAGGACAGAGGGGCUCAACCAGCUGGAUGCCAUCGUCCGUGACAAGCAGAACAUGGAACGGUAUCACCUGGAGCAGAUGCAAAUGCUGGAGGACAAGUUCCAGGCCAAGAUCAAGGAGCUGCAGGUCAUUCACGGCGAGGAGCUGCAGGCGUUGCAGGAGCACUACAGCCAGAACCUGCAGCGCCUGCAGGAGACCCUGGACGAGUACCAGAGGCAGCACCCGGAGGUGUCCCCCGUGGUGGGCCUGGGUGGUGGGGACACCUGGGCGGCCGGUGAGGCGGGUGGCACCGGGCAGGGCCCCGGCAGCGACCUGGACUCCAUGCACGGCCUGAGGGAGCGCAUCCAGGAGCUGGAGGCCCAGAUGAACGUCAUGAGGGAUGAGCUGGAGAACAAGCAUCUGGAGGGGAAUGCUUCCACCUUGAGGGAAAAAUACCAGAAAGACUUUGAAAACUUAAAGGUCUUGAUACGUUAA